CAAACUACUGCAAAACCAAAACCAAAACAACACAUAUAUCUACUACUACCUGUAGCUAACCCUUCACGCAUAAAGUCAUCCCAAAUUUAAACUCAACUCCAUCAAAUAAAUACUCAACAUCAAGCUUAAUUGGGAUCCCAAAAUAAUUAAAAUGCCAAAGGAAUUUGAUCAUCAUCAUCAUCAGCUCCUCCACUCCAAAUUCUCACUCUUCCUUCUCUAUCUUCUCUCACCCUCAAUAGGUUCAACAACCGCAGUAGCGGCACCAAUCGGAAUCUGCUACGGCCGAGUAGCCAACAACCUCCCACCACAGGCCGCCGUCCUCCAAAUCCUUCAAACCAACAACAUCUCAUCCGUCCGUCUCUUCAACACCGACCCCGCCACCCUCCAAUCCUUCUCGUCCACCCCAACAAUCCGCCUCACUAUCGGGGUCCCCAACGAGCUCCUCCCCACCCUCGCCUCCGCCACAGUCCUGGCUGCCCUCGCCUGGCUCCAAUCCAACAUCCUCGCCCACAUCCCCCCCAACCAAAUCCACUACCUCGCCGUCGGCAACGAGGUCUUCCUCAAAGACCCUUACUACAUCCCCCACGUCCUUCCCGCCAUUCUCAACCUCCACCAAGCCCUCCAAACCCUAGGCCUCUCCCAAACCAUCAAGCUCUCUUCCCCGCAAGCCGCCUCCGUACUAUCCGCCUCCUACCCUCCCUCCUCCGCCUCCUUCGACCCCUCCCUCCAACCCUCUCUCCUCCCCCUCCUCCACUUCCUCCGCGACACAAACUCUCCCUUCAUGGUCAACUCUUACCCCUACUUCAGCUACUUAAGCAGCCAUCCCUUCGUCUCUCUCGAUUACGCGCUCUUUCGAGCUUCCGGCGCCGGUGAGGUCGUUCUGGACGGUGGGUUGGCGUAUAGUAAUCUCUUCGACGCGAGUGUGGAUGCGUUUGUGAGUGCGAUGGAGAGGGAGGGAGUUGCCGGCGUGCCUGUGGUGGUUUCGGAGACAGGUUGGCCGACACGUGGAGGGGAGGCGGCGAGCAUUGAAAAUGCACUGGCGUAUAAUGCUGAGGUGGUGAGGCGGGCUGUGGAAGGGGUUGGGACGCCCAGGAGGCCAGGGGUGGGCGUGGAGGUUUUCUUGUUUGACCUGUUUGACGAGAAUGAGAAAGGAGGUGAGGAGUACGAGAAGCAUUUUGGAAUUUUUGGGCCUGAUGGGCUUAGGGCUUACGGGCUUAGUUUUAAAUGA